UUGCUGGUACCGCACGGCUUGCCUGAAAUUGUGGACGGCCAUAUGAAGUACGCCCUUGUCGAUUGGUGUUACUCUCAGCCUCAAUCUAUCCUCGGUCUCGCGAUAUUUGCAGUAUCACAUGCUACAUUUGGGCGGGCCCGAAGAAGUCAUGCUGCCUUGGCUGUAGGCAGUACGAAGUACUCAAAAGCUCUGGUGAAGACCAAUUUGGCAUUAAAAGAUGCAAGUGAAGCAACACACGACGAGGUGCUCCUUGCUAUAAUGCUUUUAAGCUUCUAUGAAAACUCUGUGAUGGAGAAGACGUCGCACGUUUCGAGUCGAGGUAUCCAAGCCAUGGCUUCACGAAGUUUUACACACCAUGAUGGCGCAAUGGCUGUGCUCAACUUGCGACGGCAGCUGGACCAGCGCACCAACUAUAGCAUGGGGCUGGACAAGCUGGUCCGACGCCAACUGAUGCGGUCAUUGCUCUUACGAAGCAUGUCUCUACCAUCUUGGCUUCAAGAUGGUUCGCAAUACGGAGAACACGGAUUCGCACUUGAACUGGACCGUUGUAUGGUGGGAGCCGCUAAGCUACGACAUCAGGCUAGCAGCCUAUCUGUUGAUUUCGCAAGUCUUUCAAUAUCAGACAGAUAUGAUGAGAUGGUGAGACUUGGCCGUCUAUUGGCAGAAGCUCAGACUCUGGACAAUGUUCUGGUCAUCUGGGCGAAUGAUUUGCCUACAGAAAACUGGUACAGCACCCGUACUGUACAAGACGAUGAGAUUGGCAACAGGAUUCUCGAUGGCACUGUUCACAUCUACCAUACCGUGGGACAUGCAGGAAUGUGGAACCGCUACCGCGCCCUCCGCCUCACCGUCAACGAUACCAUGCUCAAGACUCUGUCCGUGCUCGCAGAAUCUUCAGAUUCUGACACAGAGUCUCUGGAAGAAGCUGUCAAGUUGAGAAUCCAGCGCUUAGCCGAUGAUCUCUGCGCAAGUGUGCCGUACAUGUUAGGACUGAUUGAACCGCAUGACGUGGCCGGGCAUGAUGUUACUGUCGUCACCAAGACUCCCGCUUCCCCAAAACAAGCUGUCAAAGCUACCACAGCCGCUUUCCUUUGCUGGCCACUGACCAUGGCAACUAUGGUAUCCGGAAUACCGGAGCGACAUCAGCGUUAUUUGAGGAAUCGCUUGCUCGACGUAAGCGAGAUCGUCGAUGAUGGUGUGUUGGAAAGAAUUGCAGCUGAUUUCUCCUCAAUAUCG